CGUCGUUGCUGAAAUAAGUGGAUCAAGUGAUUAUUGGUGCUCGGUGAAACGAAACGGGGCCGCCAGGGGCUUAAUUGAUACCCUACAGUGUGGACGUGGUCUCGAAGGAACUUUUAAGAGGAGUAACCGCACAAGACUGCGCUGUGACCCAUGACGUCACCGAAGAGCUCCACGACACCGGGCCUGGCGGUCACGAACCGCAUCCUGCGCUCGCCGUCGCACGAGAGCUUCUCGACCGACCUGUCGCUGAUAUCGAUUUCCGUUUCGUCGAUGAACUCCGAGGCCACAAGCGUGCUGAACCGGACCAUGGAGGAAAAGCUCGGCAACCUGCUGAACCCGAAGGAGAGCAAGCGUAAUCGCUCUUCGACGCUCACGGAACGGUGGAACGAAAGCAACGACCUUAUCCGCAACUGUGCCACACUGUCGGCGGCCCUCGGUAUCCACAAGAGCUUCAGCACGACCGACAUCUACCAGCUGCCAUCGGAUCAGCACCAGCUGGGCCGCCUUUCGUCGUCCGAACUCGCCCUAACACCGUUCCAGAAGGUGGGCUACCUUUUCGACCACUCGCGGCUGGAGCACGCCUCGCGCUCCUACUCCACGUGGGUAGCGGUCGGGGAGCUCGCUUCCACCUCGCAGCUCCCCUCGCCGCACGGUGGCCACACGUCGCAGGUACCGACGCUGACGAGCACAAACCCGGCGCCCAGCUUCACCGUUACCGAUCUGAUCAGUUCGGUCAACAAGAAGAUCCGCCAGAACUACAUCCGGCGCCGGCUGUUCACCACGUACCGGGCACUCGAACGGUUAUCGCAGAGUGAGUUCAAUCUUGAUCGGCUGGAAGCGGCCGCAUUCGCCGCCACCAAUCCGGGACCCACGGAACUGAUCGUGCCGUCGCACACCACCAUGUCGAACGCGUCGGCUUCACCGGUCGCCGGAAAGUCCACCAGUUCACCGGCCCCGGGUGCCGGCGACAGUGGCGGCGGUGGUCCAUCGUCUGAACCGGGCACCGGCCUGUCGACGUCCGCGUUGCGCAAGUCAAGCAGUGCGAUCGGCAGCAGUGGCAGCUCCCGGAGCCACCAUGGCCCCAAGAAGCACCUCACCUUCCACGAUAUCGAGAACGAGCGGGGCAAACCGCUGUCCAAGUACGAGCGCCACAUGCUGAUCUUCAACUGGCUGCACACCAUCGACGACACGGCGAUGGAGAUCGAGAACUGAUCUCCGCAGGACGACGUGCGCUCCUCGUGCGAGAUUAGCGCACUGCGCGUGGCGCGGACGGCGCCGGGCGCACGAUCAAACUGAGAGCCCCCGUCCCGAUGCGUUCCUUGCCUUUUGUUUGCCGAUGUUUCAUGGACCAGCCAGGGUCCGAAAAGCACAAGCGUUCGACGCGAAGCCAGAUCUAAGAAAUUGUGAAUUGUUAUAAAAUAUCAUAAUUAUGUGUUUAAUGUUAACAUUUGUCCACCCUUUCCGAACAUCACCCUCUUUGCAGCGUGAAGUAGCAGUUCCAACAGUGACCAUUACCAAACCCACAGGGGAACACAGAAUACUUUUUUAACGACCGUUCAGGUCAAUUUGCUUUGACCAAUCAGAUUCGGAGACACGUUAAUGGGGGCGGCCAAGCAGAGAGACUGUACGCGCGAUGGCUAGUGUUUAGAUAAAAGAGUUUGGAGGACCUCCGAACCUCCGCGCCAUCGCUAAGCUUUCGAAAUGCGUUAUAAUAAUUGUUGUAAAAGAGUAUCUCGUAAGACUAACCACUAACAGACACAGACACAGAAGCCAGCCAAAUACAACCAAAGGAAUUACCAACCGUUAGUGUGUCCGAUAUAAUAUCACCAAAUCCUCUCCCCCGUUUUAGAUGCGCAGAUGAUUAGGGUAUUUUUAUGAUAAUACAUAUUACUAGGUAUUGAGUAGGCAACAAACUUGGCUGACGAUGAAUGUUUCUUGUUAACACGGGCCAUUCGUUUUUACUUUUUGCGCGCCACUUACUGCUCUGGUGCUGCUCCGGACCCCGAGUCCGUUCCGUUCCGUUUAGCUUCCUCCCGUUUUGAUACUUCCUUUACAACGCCUCACACACCCGGAACGAUUAGAUAGCGAAUUCACUGAAUGAAACGACAUAGAACGGAUCCCCCGGAUUAGAAGUGCUUUUUGCUUCGAUUAGCACCGGCAUGGCGGCAUGCCACGGUCGUCGUGGUCGCGGUCAAAUGCGGCAACUUUAAUAGCAUCAAUAAUCACAUGCACGCAUCUCUUAUCGGAGCAGGGACUGAAACGAUGAAAAACGGAACAGAGGGAGAGAGAGAGAGAGAGAGGGAGAGAGCUGGUUUGUUGAUGUGUUUAAGAAGGAAAACAAGCGGAACUAAUUCGCCACGAUUUACGCAGCAGAGCAACAAACCUAGAGGCGGACCCCGUCCGUGUAAUGUGUCUCUCUGAUGUGUUGUUACAGUUUAACCAUCCCUCUCCCGGAACGAUGCGGGAUGCAUUUUACUACGAAUAACUUCAGCAACAUGUAGCUAUCUUU